CACCUCCCACAGUCUGCGCGCGGGUUGUUUAUCAGCUGACUGGAGCUUUCGAGGACUGGUUCUGCUUAGAAUAUGAUGGGAACGUUGUACGUGUUCCUGCUCCUCUGUCACUUUGCGUUCGCAGUGAAGCACUCCCUAAUAUACGUCCUGACUGCGACGUCCGGAGUCCCGAACUUCCCUGAAUUUGCGGCGGCUGCGAUGGUCGACGGCAUUCAGGUGGGUCACUGUGACAGCGAACUGAAGACGGCUGAACCCAAACUGGACUGGAUGAAAAAGUUAGUGGAGGAUGAACCACACCACCUGCAGUGGUACGUUCGCAAGUGUUCUGGAAACCAGCAGGUCUUCAGAGCCAUCAUGGACAGUUUGAAGCAACUGUUAAACCAGACUGAAGGUCACCACGUCUUACAGAGGAUGAACGGCUGCGACUGGGACAACGAGACCGGAGUCGUCACCGGUUUUAACCAGUACGGUUUUGAUGGAGAGGACUUCAUAGCGUUGGACCUGAAGACUCUGACCUGGACGGCUCCAAAACCUCAGGCUGUGUUCACCAAGCUGAGAUGGGACGCGGAAAAAGCUCGAUUAGAAUAUAAUAAACAAUACUACAUCCACAAAUGUCCCGACUGGCUGAAGAAGUAUGUCGACUAUGGGAAGAGUUUUCUGCUGAGGACAGUUCUUCCCUCAGUGUCUCUGCUCCAGAAGUCUCCCUCGUCUCCAAUCAGCUGCUUCGCUACAGGUUUCUACCCAAACAGAGCCGACAUGUUCUGGAGGAGAGAUGGAGAACAGACCCAUGAGGACGUGGACCAUGGAGAGAUCCUCCCCAACCCUGAUGGAACCUUCCAGAUGAGGGUCCACCUGGACCUUUCAUCAGUCACAGCUCAGGACUGGAGCAGAUAUGAAUGUGUGUUUCAACUGUCUGGAAUGAAGGACGACGUCAUCACCAAACUGGACCGAGCUGAGAUCAGAACCAAUGAAGUUCCUCGCUCUGCGUUUCCUGCUGUUCUGGUCGCAGGAGUUCUUGCAGCUCUGCUCCUCGUAGUCAGCAUCACUGCCUUCAUCCUCUGGAGGAGCAGAUACAGUGGGUUCCAGCUCGCUAAUUGAACAUGAAGACUAGUGGACACUCAACUGACUGAGGAGUCAACAAAAACUCAAUAUUUGAAGCAAAACCAUCAAAUAAGCUGAAGCCAAAAUGAAGAACUAGGUUUUUAUAUCCAGUGAUGAACAGCUCCAGACACGUCUCCUUGUUGAUAUUAAUUAUUUUUUCUCUUUAAAUAGAAAUUUCCCGUCUUAAAGGUAAAACUUAAUAAAAGCUGGACAAGCUGCAGGAGCUUAUUUCUGUGUGCUAAGGUUGGACUACAGGCUGCUCCAGCUCAUCCUGUCUCCGGCUCCAUCAUUCUGACUGUAACUUCACCGUGGCUCCACUGAUUCCACGCAGACCUGACGGGUCCUCAGCGUUCUCCAUCUUCCCACCUCCAGAUUCAUCCCUCUCCUCCUGACAGUUCCUUCUCUGUACAGUAGCUAUUUUUGGCUCCUCGUGACCCUGAACCCACAUCAACGCUCCCUAUCACUGCUGCUGGUAAUUAACUCCACUUGAUCAAACAGUUGGUCCUGAUCACAUUUUGACCUCUUACAUUAAUAGUUUUUAAUAUUGACAUUGAGUUACAAUAAAUGAGACUCAGUGCUGAGCUCCACCCGCAUGAAUGAGCCAGGACCAUAAACAACUGCUGUAAAACACUCCCCUGAUCAGAAGCUCUGACAACAGCUUCUCUACAUAUGGUGCACCCGCUUCGGAUGUUAUCACGGCAUUCAAUGGCCAUUAUCAGUGGUUGUCAGCUUAUACUUAUGGGCCAUAAUGGCCAUUGAAUGCCGUGAUAACGUCCGAAGCGGGUGCACUAUAACUACUCCUGUCCUUUCAUCGUCCGUUCUGGAAUCCUGGGAAACUUAACCUCCUCCUCUCCUCUUCCCAACUUUCCUCAGCUCAUUGUCCCUUUUUCUCCUCUCGCAGCAUCAGUCUAGUAUUUUUCUUUUUAGGUCAUUCUUCUCUACAGAAAACGUAAUCUUCCACUUGUUGGACUUGAUCAGUUCCUUAUUUCACCAUCUCAGCCUCAUACUUUCUGUUCCUCCUUUUUGUUUCAACAAACGUUGACCUAUUUUUGUCUUUAUCAGUUCCACUAAAGACAUUAAUGUUAGGAAUUAUUAAUCAUAGUUUAAUAGCAAAGGUUUUACUUCCUUGAGGCUCAAUUUUCCUGACAUCUCUUCCAAAUUCACCUAAAAUUUGCUUCCUUAUGAACCAUUCAAACAUUUUCCCUUUAACUGUGCAGUGUAAUUAUUAAGUCUUUCCAUAACAGAUCACAGCUUCUCCACACGAAUCAUGUUACCACCUCUCUGUUCACCUCAACCUUCUUUAUAUAAUCCUCUAACGGACAAUUGGAUCUAAUGUCUUUCUUCCUAAAUCCACUCUGAAAUUCUGUCAUCAGGUUUCCUUUUUCUACUUUACACACCAACCCUUCAUUUAAAUUCUUCCCAUUAAGUGACACACAUUUGGUCAGAGUUGUUGGUUCAUAUAGUGGCUUCAUGCAUCAAUCAGUCCUAAUCAUCUCACUGACCCCAUGUCACCAUGUUGUAUCAUUCUGUAACAUAUAUACAAUCGUUUCCUUGUGCAUCUUCAUCUGCUUUUAGCCCAGAUUGUUUCAUUUUUAAUUUAUUUAGACAUAGGAAAAUAUGUGGGAUCAUUUGCAAUUCAUUUAUUAUUAAAAUAAAACAUAUAGUUUGUCAUCA